AUGGCCUCGAUCGACAGGCUGAGCGACUUGCCGGACGAAAUCCUCUCUCACAUCCUCUCUUUUCUCCCCAUCAAAACCUCCGUCUCCACCAGCACCCUCGCCGCAAGAUGGAGGUUUGUAUGGGCUUAUUCCCCUAACAUACAAAUCGUUGAGCGAUCAAUGAGUUUUUUCGCUUAUAGAGACGUCCUGAGAAGUAUUCUGCCCCAAUGUGAAGCGCACAGCGUGAUCACACUUCGCAUCAUUGGGGAUAUCUUCUUCGAUUGUGAACUUGAGAUGUUUCUCGAGAGCGCCUUUGCGUGCAAGACGAAAACUCUCGAAAUUACUCAAACGCAUGACUAUUGUGAUUUGCCCCCUUGUGUGCUCACCUCCCAAACCUUAGUUGAUUUGAAGCUCAGUCGUUUCUUUGUUAAGAUGAAGGAUGUCACCGUGUGUUUACCAGCCCUCGAGAGGCUUCAUAUUAAGACUACUAGACUUGAUGACGGCUCCCUCGAAAACCUGAUUUCCGGUUGUCCGGUGCUUGAAGAGUUCACCUAUAUCGAUUGUUACGAAUGUGUGGAUUCCCAUUGCAUAUCUUCGUCCACUAUGAAGAAGUUGGUCCUCGAGCCUCACUUCCGUAACAAGUUGAAGAUAGAUACCCCAGCACUUGAAUAUCUAUUAAUACAUUAUUCUAUCCCCCAAAAGUUAUCUUUUGGGCCGAUGGACUCCUUGAUUGGAGCACACAUUGUUGUUCGUGAUGACACGCUAACUAUGAACGGCGAUCUUUAUUCCCUGGUAGAAUUUUUGGGUAGGUUCUCUAAUGUGAAAGAAAUGAGCUUAUGUCCUUGGUCUUGGGGGGUUAAGGCGAAGGUUCAUGACUUGACCUCUGUCGAUUUGAACAUAAAGUUUCACAAUUUAGCCAAACUCACGGUGGAAGGUGAUUGGCGUAUCAUCUCAUAUUUUGUGGAGAAGGCUAACAAGCUUGAAGUUCUUAAUGUCACACAAUAUUCAGAAUGGGAGAUGGAAGAAACCCCCCAGUUGCCUUUGGCUAAUUCAAUCAUGAAGCUUCACAAUUUAAUAAAACUCGAACUGCAAGUCGAUUGGUGGUUCCUCACAUUAUUCCUAGACAAGGCUGAUAAACUUAAAGUCCUUAUUAUCCGCAACAAUGACUAUCGUAAGCAGAAGCGAAAACGCUGGUUGGCGGCGCCCCUCCAAGUGCCUAAUUGUCUGUCAUCGCAUCUUAAAAUAUUACAAAUUCAUGAAUUGCAUGGUACAGAUGAGCAUGAACUCGACAUGGUUAGAUAUCUAUUGAAGAAUGCUCUAGUCCUCGAGAGGAUGGAUCUAUACUGCCACGAGGGGAUGGAACGACACUGCAUAGCAGAAUCGAUUGGGAGAAUUUCAUCAUUUGAUCGAGGAUCUGAGAAGUGUGAGAUUGUAUUAACCGAAUACCUGGGAUCGGACAAUGACUGA